UCAUGAUCACCAUCUAAACCCGCGGCUAAAGAUUAGCCAUGCAUAACCAAUCCAAUAAUUUGGCCAACAUGGUACCUUUUCCUACUAGCCCUUUAUUUACAACUUCUGGUAUCAAAGGCCUGAGAGUCUCUCCUCUCAGACAUGGAGCGCAAAGAUGAGAAGAAACUUCACAUCGCCAUGUUCCCCAUGGCUAGCCUACGGCCACCUAAUGCCAUUUCUCGAGGUCUCCAAGUUCUUAGCUCAAAAGGGUCACCAAAUCUCCUUCAUCUCCACCCCCCAAAACAUCAAUCGCCUCCGGUCAUCCUCCCCUUCCCCACUCAUCGAUUUCGUCGAGCUUCCUCUCCCCGCCGUCGACGGCUUACCUGAAUCCGUCGAGUCCACCUCCCAGCUACCAAUCAAUAAAGCCCCCUACCUCAAAAAAGCCUACGACUUGCUCAAGCCAGCAGUCACGCAUUUCGUCCAACACUCGGGCGUCAACUGGGUCGUCCACGACUUUAUUGGCUACCGGCUGCCCCAAGUCGCCACUCAGCUCGGAGUCAACUCGGUCUACUUCAGCAUCUUCAACGCCACUUUCUUGGCUUUCUGCGGACCUCCGUCUGAGUUACUCAGCGAUAAACGCCGGUGGCCGGAGGACUUUACGGUCGUUCCCGAGUGGGUCGACUAUCCUUCCACCGUCGCUUAUAAGCUGCACGAGAUGGUGAGUCAUUGGGAUUGCAUGGACGACGAGGUCUCCGAUUUUCAGAGGCUCGCGGUUACGGUUCAAGAUUGUAAUUUUGUGACUCUACGGAGCUGCACCGAGGUUGAAUCUGACGCGGUGCGUCUGCUCAGAAAUUUAUACGGCAAACCCGUUGUUCCACUCGGGCUGCUGCCGCCCAGCUCAGCACCGCAUCAGCCCGGCGGCGCUAACGAUCGAGCAGAUGAGAAGUGGGAAGUGUUGAGAGAGUGGCUCGAAAAUAAGAAACCCAACUCGGUGAUUUACAUCGCACUCGGCACCGAGGUGACUCUGAGCCAAGAGCUUAUGCACGAGUUGGCACAUGGGAUAGAGAAAUCGGGGUUGCCUUUUAUUUUGGUGGUCAACAAUCGCCCGUUAGUGGAGGGCGCGUUGAGGUCCAAUAUCCUUCCACUUGGAUUUGAAACGCGAGUGGACGGUCAAGGCUUUGUGUGGAGGGGUUGGGCCCCGCAACGUAAGAUUUUAGGUCAUAUCUCGGUCGGAGGAUUCCUAACUCAUUGCGGUUGGAGUUCAAUUAUUGAAGCAUUAGGGUUUGGGCGGGUUUUGAUUUUGUUUUCGGGUGCAAAUUCGGACCAAGGGUUGAACGCGAGACUAAUGCACGAAAAGCAGGUUGGGUUGGAGAUACCGAGGAACGAGCGAGACGGGUCGUUUACGAGUGACUCGGUGGCCGAGUUGAUUGGGCGAGCGAUGGUGGAGAAAGAGAGCGAGUUACUAAGGGCAAAUGCAUGGGCGAUGAGGGAGAUAUUUGGCAACGUAGAGUUGAACAGCAAGUGCUUGGACGAGUUCACUCGGGUCCUUGAAACUUGGCCAGCUUCAACUUAAUCAACUUUGGAUAUUUUAUGUGACAGUCUUUAUGGAUGUGCUUUUAAAAAAAAUGUUUUUACUAAGAAUAAAUAGUUAUACAACAAAGCAAUUCAGUGUUUAGUACAUUUUUGUUGUAAAAGUACAAGGCCAAUGCAAAAUGACUAAAAAGAAUAUGAUGCGUUUAGUAAACUUUUAUAUAAAACUACAACAACGGUGUAAGAUGACUAAAAUAAAUAUGAUGUUGGAUGUGAUAUUAUAGUGUCUUUUCUUUAAUCCAUAAUCUUUAUCUUCUCUA